AUGACAUAUAUGCAUUAUCAUGACAAACCACCUACAAGAAGAAUUUCAUAUAAAGAUUUUUCGGAAGAAAAAAAGGAAGAAAUUCGUAGAAAACAAAGAGAGAGAUAUGCUAAACAGAAAGCAUUAAAAACUAAUUCAAUUCGUAUAAAUGAUACUAAAUCAUCAAAUAACGAUGAUUUGGACACAUUUGAUAAUGAUCGUACGACAGUAUUGAUUACUCAAUAUUCAAAUAUUGGUGUUCAAUAUACGAACAAUAUUGAACAUGUUAGUCCUCUUCAAAGAGUAUCAAAGAGACAACGAAAUUCUCUUACUCAUACUGACAUCAAUGAAGAGAGAUCGUCUCGUGAAGUCUUAAUCUAUCCCAAUCGUGAUCGCACCAGGCUAAUUCAUUUAGAGCCAAAUUCAUCUAUAAAUGUAUUUAUCCAACAGGACCCAUAUGUUGUUCGACAGGAUGUAAUCUAUGAAACAAACAUACCAAGACCUUGUAGGGGCCAAUCGCAUACGCGUUCUACUGGAUUUAGACAAUUGCUAAAAGUAGUGCCAUCUGAACCAUAUUCACUUCCAUUAGUGCCUAGCUGUCGACAUUGUAAAGCAAAGAGAAUCUGCCAUGAAACAACUGGGUUUUGUUGUGCUGAUGGAAAAUUUUCUCUAGCCACAAAUAAUGUACCAAAUGAGCUUUAUGCGUUUCAUCCUUCUUAUCUCCAAUUGUAUUUCUACGACACGGAGCAUGAAUUACAAAAUCGAAUUUCUGAUUCAGACAGAAGGGAGCCAUCAAUUGUAACCCAAUUCAUCAAUAUUCUUCAUAUCAAUCCUUAUUCUAUUUUUUUUCGUUCACUUGGAGAUAUCCCUGAUUUGGAAAAACAAAUCAUUCAUAUAAAAACAGAUGCUGGGCUUGAUCAACAUGUAUUCAAUGCCCCUACAUCCUCACAAGUUGCAGCGAUAUGGGUCGAAAAUGAUGAUAGAGAUCAACCAAGAGGACGUAACAUUCUUGUGUAUAACCAUUUUGGUGGAAAUCAUAAAGUUCAGUAUUACUUUGGGUGUUAUGAUCCACUGCAAUAUCCAAUAUUAUUUCCUUUCGGUGAUACUGGUUGGCAUCAAGGGAUUCAAAGGAUUAGAGGAAGCAGAUCAAAGUACAACGAAACAAACCCAUCAAUAAAUCCUCAAGAAUCAGCCACUGCACAAGAACUACUUGCAACAGAAGAGCGAGGAUUAAACCAACAAAGAAAGUGCCCAAUAGUUUCAUGUCGCGAAUAUUAUUGCUACAAGUUGCAAAUAAAAGAAAAUGUCAGAUCAAUUUUGCUGCUUUCUGGUCGAUUAUUGCAGCAGUUUGUAGUUGAUAUGUAUGUGAAGAUCGAGACCUCAAGACUAGAUUAUUUUAAAGGCAAGCAACAACAUAUUCGAUCAGAGUUUUAUCAAGAAAUUACAAAUGAACUAAGUCCACACGAGGAGAGUCAAAAUAGACCUGAUUUGGUUGCUCGAGUCUUUCAUGCAAAAUUGGAAGAAUUAAAGGACCAGUUAUUCAAAAGGCAAAUAUUCGGAAAAGUGUUAGCAUAUGUCUAUGUUAUUGAGCACCAAAAAAGGGGUCUUCCGCAUGCCCACUUAUUAAUUAUCUUACAAAAUGAGUGGAAACUCCAUGCACCAGAAUCUUUUGAUGAGAUCGUAUCAGCAGAGAUACCUGAUAAAAAUACAAACAUCCACCUCCAUAACGCUAUUGUGAAGCACAUGAUGCAUGGACCAUGUGGAGUAUUGAAUCCAUCAAAUGUUUGCAUGAAAGGAAAUCGUGGAUGCAAAAGUAAUUAUCCAAAGAAUUAUGCAUCUGCAACAACUGUUGGAAACGAUUGCUUCCCAAUAUAUAGGCGUUCAAACAAUGGAAUGACUGUGAAGGUUCGAGGACAAUAUCUAGACAAUCGUUGGGUUGUUCCAUACAACCCGUAUCUCCUUGCAACAUUUGACUCUCACAUUAAUGUAGAGAUUUGUUCUACAAUAAAAGCAGUGAAAUAUCUUUACAAGUACAUUUAUAAAGGUCAUGAUCGUGUCACUUUCAACUUGGUUUCUGAAACAAACAAUCAACAAGUUGAUGAAAUCCAACAAUUCCAGUCAGCCCGAUGGAUUGCUCCCCCAGAAGCAAUGUGGAGAAUAUAUGGAUUUAUUAUCAAUGAGAUGUCCCCAGCAGUGUAUAGUUUGCAUUUACAUUUGGAGGAUCAACACCUGGUCACUUUCCAAGCAAACGACGAUCUAAUUAACAUCCUCAAUUUAGACCGUUCUAGGAAAACUAUGCUAACACAAUUCUUUGCAUUAAAUCGAGUAGAUGAAAAUGCAAAGAAAUUACUGUACAAACAAAUUCCAGAAUAUUAUGUUUGGAACCAUCAACACAAAGAAUGGACUCCCCGAAAAAUGAAAACAGUCAUAGGUCAUAUUGUUACAGCAAAUCCAUUUGAGGGUGAGCGUUAUUUCAUGCGGAUAUUGCUAAACCAUGUAAAGGGACCGAUGUCCUUUGAAGAUCUUAGAACAGUCGAGGGCAUUUUGGCCCCCACAUUAUGUGAGGCAGCAACAAUGCAUGGUUUGUUACAAAGAGACAGUAGCUUAGAAGACUGUUUACAUGAAGCAUCUUUAUAUCAAAUGCCAUCCAGUUUGAGGCGACUGUUCGCAACAAUAUUGGUAUAUUGUAAUCCAACCAAUCCAAGAGACCUUUGA